CCCCUCCAGUGUUUUGGACUCACCUCUACUGCAGCCAUGUGGGAGUUCAGGUCCAUGGCUUUCUGGCGGGCCGUUUUUGCAGAGUUCUAUGGCACAAUGUUCUUUGUCUUCUUUGGUCUUGGUGCUGCUUUGCGCUGGACCAGUGGCGCUUACAAUGUGCUCCACGUGUCCUUCUGCUUUGGGAUGGCGGCUGCGACGUUCAUCCAGUCCAUCGGUCACAUCAGCGGUGGCCACAUCAACCCGGCCGUCACCUUCGCCUACGUGGUCAGCUCCCAGAUGUCCCUGUUCCGUGCUUUCUUCUACAUCUGCGCUCAGUGUUUGGGGGCGCUUUCUGGUGCUGCUGUUCUGUACGGAGUGACGCCAAGUAACAUGAGGGGCAACCUGGCUCUCAACACACUGCAGCCUGGCGUUAGCCUCGGGAUGGCCACAACCAUAGAAGUGUUCCUGACUAUGCAGCUGGUGGUGUGCGUCUUUGCUGUAACCGAUGAUAGGCGAAAUGGCCGUAUGGGCUCUGCUGCUCUAGCCAUUGGCCUCUCUGUGCUCAUGGGCCAUCUGCUUGGGAUAUACUACACUGGUGCUGGAAUGAAUCCUGCCAGGUCCUUUGCACCUGCUGUUCUUUUCAGGAACUUCAUCAACCACUGGGUAUACUGGGUUGGCCCUUUUAUUGGCGGUGCUAUGGGUGCUCUGCUCUACGACUUCAUUCUGUUCCCACGUAUGCGUGGCUUCUCUGAAAGACUCAACAUGCUUAAAGGCAAUCAACCUGCUGAAGCUGAGGGCCAGCAGGACCCACGGGGCGUGCCCAUCGAGCUCAAAACACAAGCUUUAUAAACAGUCAGGAAAGGCUAUCGUUCUCACCCCUUUCUCACCUCAACUCACCGAACGCAUACACGAUUCACUGUGCCCACACUUAUACCCUUUCAAUCCUCCUUGAUCUGCACCCAGAGCCAGGGGGUGUUGAAACAUCUCCCACAUCACCUUCACCUCAACUCUUCAGACUGCACAAACUAGAACGAGGCUUAGUAGAAGACUUUGGUAUGUAGGGAAGCGCUCUGUGGCUACAUCUGCUCAGGACAGGGGCGUCUCUUUGAGUUGUAGUGCACUUCAGU